AUGAGUCAAGCUGACCAACAGCGGCAAGGCAGUCUAUUGAUCAGCACAAUGAUGGCUGCGGCAUUCGUGGGAUCACUUGCCGCGGGUCCACUGGCUGAUAUCAUUGGCCGCAAAGGAUUAACUCUACUCGGGACCACGAUUUUUGUUUUUGGAGACGUCCUUCAGGUCGGUGCAGAUUCUAUUGCGAUGGUUUAUGGUGGGCGAGUAAUGACAGGCACCAGUGAUGAUAUCUGUAGUUAUCAAUCCGAAAUUGCACCAAAGGAAAUGCGAGGUAGACUUGUGUCUACUAUACAAUUGAGUAUUGGACUUGGGAUGGGAUUAGCAUAUUGGAUCGAUUAUGCUGGUUUGAAAGUACAAGGUUCCAUGUCCUGGAGGCUUCCGUUUGGAUUACAAUUGAUCCCUGCCAUAAUAUUCUUUGUAGGCAUGCUAGCUACACCAGAAAGUCCUCGUUAUUUAGUUCAGAAACAACAAGAUCGUCGAGCAAUUGAAGUACUGGCACUCAUUCGUGGCGAUGGCAAACGCGACCAUCCAGAUGUAUUGAUGGAAUUCACAGAAAUCAAACAGAGUAUAACCUACGAACGACAGCACACCUCUGGAGAUUAUUGGUAUCUCUUCAAACGUGGAAAUGACAAUAACCAACGACGAUUAUUACUCGGAAUGGCAGUUCAGAUCUUUCAACAAUUGACAGGUGUAAAUGCAAUCAUGUUGUAUGCACCAAUGUUAUUUGAAACAACCGGCGCAUCGGGUGGAAAUGCCACUCUUUUCGCUAAUGGUAUAAGCGGAAUUAUCAACUGUGUAUCAGCAAUCCCACCUCUUAUAAUCAUGGACAGAUGGGGAAGACGACCUACACUUGUAAUGGGAUCAAUAAUAUGCUCCAUGUGUUUGAUAGUAAUGUCAAUAAUAUCUGGUAUACAUGGCACUGUGGAGGCCAACGACUCUGCAAAACCAACAGGCAGCCUUGCAGAUGAAAGUAGUUUGACCCUUCUUGCAUUAGACGGUAGAGGAUACACGAUUGCAUUUAUGGUGACGAUGUAUGUCUACAUCUUUAGUUACGGAUGUUCAUGGGGUCCAGCCGGCUGGGCCUAUCCAACCGAAUUAUAUUCCCAAGGCAAAUACAAAGCGCUUGGAAUCACUUCAGCAGCCAGUUGGAUAGCCACAUUUGCUGUCAUACAGCUAUCUCCUUUUAUACUAGAUCAAGUUCAAUGGAAAUUUUAUACAAUCUAUGCUGUCAUUUGUGCAGUAUUGGCUUUGGUGAUUUACAAAUACCUUCCAGAAACAAUGGGAAAGUCCUUGGAAGAAGUAGAUCUUAUAUUCACCUGUGAUUUCAAUACAUAUGAUCACGCAGUUCACCAUCCCCAGACAGCAGCCGAGGCAUUGGAGCGGCUCGAACACAUGCACAAUAAGCAAUCACAUCUAUUCAACUUUGGCACAAGUGGAAUAAGCAACAACCUUCCUCCAAAUGCCAUCAGACCUGAUAAUACGAACAAUGUAUAA